AUGGACCACAGUGAUGAGGAUGACACACCUCUUUCGCUAGAUCUCUUUCAGGAGCCCGCCGAUUUCUAUCAGCCAGAGAAGCCGGCCACCUUUACCAAGUACACCCUUCAAAGUGGUCAAGUGCUUUCUCUCCGGCUCGUAGGCCAUAGUCCUCUUUGGGGCCACCUGCUGUGGAAUGCUGGUCAAGUCAUCGCGCAAUAUCUGGAGGACAAUGCGCAACUCGUCCAAGGCAAGACUGCUCUUGAAUUAGGCGCUGGUGCUGGGCUUCCCAGCCUUGUCGCCGCCAUCCUUGGAGCAAAGAAAGUGGUGGUGACUGACUAUCCUGAUCCGGAUUUGAUCUUGAACCUCCGCCACAACAUCGAGCACUGCUCGGCGCUUGCAGACAAAUCCAACAUUGUUGCAGCCGGUUUUCUUUGGGGCAGCGCUGCGCAGCCGCUCAAAACCUAUCUCAGCCCGGAGGCGGAUGGCUUUGACCUUCUGAUUCUCGCCGACAUCCUCUUCAACCAUUCCGAGCACCAGAAACUUCUGGCCACCCUUCGUGAUUGCCUGAGGAAGUCUGCGGAGGCUGUCGCACUCGUAUUCUUCACACCAUAUCGGCCUUGGCUGUUCGAAAAGGACUUGAACUUUUUUGAGAUUGCUCGUGCUGAUGGCUUUGUGGUGAAUAAAAUCCUUGAACGCACAAUGGACAAGGUCAUGUUUGAGAACGACCCUGGGGACGAAAGACUUCGAAAGACAGUCUUUGGAUAUGAGGUGAAAUGGCAAAUAAAUCAGUGA